UUUCCUAUAGGGAACAUUCACAGGCAACCAUUCGUCCACGAACUAGAUAUUUUAUAUUAUUAAUAAAUCUAACUUAAGGGGAAUUGCACGGCGUUUACAAGAUGUCUCGGGGUUCCAUAGAGAUCCCUUUACGGGACACCGAUGAGGUGAUUGAGCUGGACUUCGAUCAGCUGCCGGAAGGAGAUGAGGUAAUCAGCAUCCUGAAGCAAGAACACACACAGCUACACAUCUGGAUUGCUUUGGCGUUGGAGUACUACAAACAGGGCAAAACGGAAGACUUUGUCAAGCUUUUAGAAGCAGCACGUAUCGAUGGAAACCUGGACUACAGAGACCACGAGAAGGACCAGAUGACCUGUCUGGAUACCUUGGCAGCUUACUAUGUUCAACAAGCACGUAAAGAGAAAAACAAAGAUGCAAAGAAAGAGCUCAUCACGCAGGCCACCCUGCUGUAUACCAUGGCAGACAAGAUCAUCAUGUAUGACCAGAACCAUCUGUUGGGAAGAGCCUGUUUCUGCUUGUUGGAAGGAGAUAAGAUGGACCAGGCUGAUGCACAGUUUCACUUUGUCCUCAACCAGUCCACCAAUAACAUCCCUGCUUUGCUUGGCAAAGGAGCUCUGGCUUACUACAAGAAGGCAUUGCGUACAAACCCUGGCUGCCCAGCUGAAGUGAGGCUGGGGAUGGGCCACUGUUUUGUCAGACUCAACAAACUAGAGAAGGCUCGUUUGGCUUUCGGACGAGCUUUGGAACUCAAUUCAAAAUGCGUGGGAGCGCUGGUUGGUUUGGCGGUUUUAGAGCUCAACAACAAAGAAGCGGACUCCAUCAAGAACGGGGUGCAGCUCCUGUCGCGGGCUUACACCAUCGACCCCAGCAACCCCAUGGUGCUUAACCACCUGGCCAACCACUUCUUCUUCAAGAAGGACUACAGUAAAGUCCAGCAUCUGGCCCUGCAUGCGUUCCACAACACAGAAGUGGAGGCCAUGCAGGCUGAGAGCUGCUAUCAGUUGGCUCGCUCCUUUCACGUGCAGGAGGACUACGACCAGGCCUUUCAGUACUACUACCAGGCCACUCAGUUUGCCUCGUCCACCUUUGUGCUGCCCUUCUUCGGUCUGGGACAGAUGUACGUGUACCGAAGAGACAAGGAGAAUGCCGCGCAGUGCUUUGAAAAGGUUCUAAAGGCAUACCCCAACAACUACGAGACUAUGAAAAUCCUGGGGUCACUCUACGCGACGUCUGACGAUCAGGAAAAGAGGGACAUCGCCAAAGGCCAUUUAAAGAAGGUGACGGAGCAGUACCCAGAUGAUGUGGAGGCGUGGAUCGAGCUGGCUCAGAUCCUGGAGCAGACAGACAUCCAGGGAGCGCUGUCAGCCUACGGCACAGCCACCCGCAUCCUGCAGGAGAAGGUGCAGGCCGACGUCCCCCCCGAGAUCCUCAACAACCUGGGCGCUCUGCACUUCAGACUGGGCAACCUGGGGGAGGCUAAGAAAUAUUUUCUAGCAUCCCUGGAGCGGGCCAAAGCUGAGGGGGAGCACGACGAGCAUUACUACAACGCCAUUUCUGUCACCACCUCCUACAACCUGGCCCGUUUGUACGAGGCCAUGUGUGAAUUCCACGAAGCUGAGAAGCUCUACAAAAAUAUCCUGAGGGAGCAUCCUAACUAUGUGGACUGUUAUUUGCGUCUUGGAGCGAUGGCUCGUGACAAAGGCAACUUCUAUGAAGCCUCUGAUUGGUUCAAAGAAGCCCUGCAGAUUAAUCAGGAUCACCCGGACGCCUGGUCGCUGAUCGGAAACCUCCACUUGGCCAAGCAGGAGUGGGGGCCAGGCCAAAAGAAGUUUGAGCGCAUUCUGAAACAGCCGUCCACGCAGAAUGACACCUACUCCAUGCUGGCCCUGGGCAACGUGUGGCUGCAGACUCUGCACCAACCCACCAGAGACCGGGAAAAGGAAAAGCGGCACCAGGAUCGAGCGCUGGCGAUCUACAAACAAGUCCUGCGAAACGAUGCCAAGAACCUCUACGCGGCUAAUGGCAUCGGCGCGGUGCUUGCUCAUAAGGGCUAUUUCCGAGAGGCGCGGGACGUGUUUGCGCAGGUGAGGGAGGCCACGGCCGACAUCAGCGACGUCUGGCUCAACCUGGCCCACAUCUACGUGGAGCAGAAGCAGUACAUCAGCGCCGUGCAGAUGUACGAGAACUGUCUGAAGAAAUUUUACAAAUACCAGAACACAGAGGUGCUGCUUUACCUCGCGAGGGCUCUCUUCAAGUGUGGGAAGCUCCAGGACUGCAAGCAGAUGCUGCUGAAGGCCCGGCACGUGGCUCCCAGCGACACGGUGCUGAUGUUCAACGUGGCCCUGGUGCUGCAGAGGCUGGCCACGCUGGUGCUGAAGGACGAGAAGAGCAACCUGAAGGCCGUGCUCAGCGCGGUCAAAGAGCUGGAGCUGGCUCACAGGUAUUUCAUUUACCUGAGCAAGGCCGGAGACAAGAUGAGGUUUGAUCUUGCCCUCGCUGCGUCUGAAGCCAGGCAGUGCUCCGACCUGCUGAGUCAGGCUCAGUACCAUGUAGCCAGGGCCAGAAAGCAGGAUGAGGAGGAGAAGGAGCUCCGUGCCAAACAGGAACAGGAGAGGGACCAGCUGCGCCAGCAGUUGAUGAAAGAGCAGGAGGAGAAACGAAGCAGAGAAGCUGAGGAGCAGAAGAAGCUCCUGGAGCAAAGAGCUCUGUUUGUGGAGAAAACCAAGAACCUGCUCACCUUCGCAGAAGGAGCGAAAGAAAUGGCCAAAGAGAAGAAGAAGGGAGGAGGCGGUGGCGGGGGCGGACGCCGUAAGAAAGGAGGGGACAUGGAGGAUUUUGUUAACGACGACUCCGACGAGGACCUGCCGCUGAAGAAGAAGAAGAAGAGGAAGGUCAGCGUGAGCGCCAGUGACCAGGAGGAGGGUGACGAUGAAGAGAAGAAGAAAAAGAAGAGGCGCAGACCCACUAAAGGAGACGACAGUGAUGAUGAGGAAGGAGCUCCUCGUCAAAAGAAACAGCGCAAACCCAAAGAAGGGCGCAAAAGGAUUGAGAAGCCCCAGCCAGAGCGUCUGCCGCCAUCCAUGAAAGGAAAGAUUAAAUCCAAGGCUAUCAUCUCUUCCUCCGAGUCUUCUUCAGAUGAGGAUGGACUGAAAAUAGCAGAGGACAGACACCAGAGAGACAGCGACUCAGGGUCUGAGGACGAGGGCGGCCACAGGAGGCGCAUCGCGUCCGACAGCGAGUCGGACGGCGGGAGGAACCGCUCGGGCAGCGAGGCGGCCUCGCCCCGCCGCUCUGCCGCCUCAGACAACGACGACGAGUCGGGAAGCGAUCGCCCCGUAAAAAAGAGGAGGCCGCAACAGCAGUCCGACUCCGAACAGUCAGACAAUGAGAGCAAGAGGAGCCGGUCAGCGUCAGACGAGGAGUCGAGGGCCGGCUCGCCCGCCGCCGUGUCCGAGCGAGGAUCCGAAGCCGAAUCGGAAAACGAGCGCUCUCCUCCACGCUCAGAAAACGCCUCCGACCAGGAAGGGUCAAACAACAACGAGGAGGAUGACAGUGAUUAAAUCAAUUUGUUUUUUUUUCUUUUUUUUUUUUUUUUUUAAAUAUACCAGAGACAGAUUUCAGUCUGUACAAAGUUUAAGCUAGUUUAGAUAAGUGUUUUUCUUUAUGGGAUUAUUCAUGUUUUAGGGCUCUUUUUUUUUGAGAAUUUAUUAAAUUGAUAAGAGCACUAAAAGCUGUAAAAACUGUUUUCUAUCUCAGAUGGACAAAUAAGACAAAAACAGGAAAAAGCUUCAAUGAAAUUAAAGUGCUGUCCGAGUCUGGCAUUCUGCUCAUCUCUGAUCUCUCACUGUUGCUUUGAUACGCCAUGUUUGAAUCUCUGUGUGAGGCUUUACUUAAACUGGUAACUAAAAAUAAAAACC